CCUCUUGUGCUCUUUGCAAGUUUGCUAGUUCUGAUACAGUAAGAGUGCAGCAGGGGUGAGUUAAGAUCUAGUUAUUGUUCAUCUGUAUUUUAGCCAUCAUCCUUCCUUUUUAAACCCAGUCUGACUGUGGUCUAAGUAGAACCUAAUCCAUUUCUAAUAUUAUAGUUUCUUCUGCUUUGUUUUAUAGGAUCAUGGAUUUUCCAGGACACUUUGAGCAAAUCUUUCAGCAGCUCAAUUACCAGAGGCUUCAUGGCCAACUUUGCGACUGCGUCAUUGUAGUGGGAAACAGGCAUUUCAAAGCCCAUCGCUCUGUUUUGGCAGCGUGUAGCACGCAUUUCCGAGCUCUCUUUACUGUAGCAGAAGGAGAUCAGACCAUGAAUAUGAUUCAGCUGGAUAGCGAAGUGGUGACAGCAGAAGCUUUUGCUGCUCUCAUAGACAUGAUGUACACUUCCACACUAAUGCUUGGAGAGAGCAAUGUUAUGGAUGUCUUACUGGCUGCAUCUCACUUACAUUUGAACUCUGUUGUUAAAGCAUGCAAACACUACCUUACUACGAGGACACUGCCAAUGUCUCCACCGACUGACAGAGUUCAAGAGCAAAAUGCGCGCAUGCAGAGGUCUUUCAUGCUUCAGCAGCUUGGGCUAAGUAUUGUGAGCUCUGCCUUAAAUUCCAGUCAGAGCUCAGAGGAGCAACCAAACACAAUGAGCUCCACGAUGAGAAGUAACAUGGAACAGCGCACUACAUUUCCGAUUCGCCGUCUCCACAAGCGCAAACAGUCUUCAGAAGAUCGGGCCAGGCAGCGAAUGAGGCCUGCCAUAGAUGAGUCUGCUUCCGAUGUGACUCCAGAGAGCGGGCAGUCAGUAGUUCAUUCACGGGAGGAUUUCUUUUCAGCAGAUUCACUGAAGAUGGUGGACAACUCAAAGGCUGAUGCCAUCGCUGAUAACCAGGAGGAUAGUACUAUUAUGUUUGAUCAGUCUUUCAGUGCUCAGGAAGAUACUCAAGUGCCCAGCCAGUCUGACAACAGUGGAGGAAACAUUCCACAGAUGUCCAUGGCAUCCCAGGCAACGCAAGUGGAAACCAGCUUCGACCAGGAGGCUGCAUCUGAGAAGAACAACUUCCCAUGUGACAAUCCAGAGGUCAGUUUAAACGAAAAGGAGCACAUGAGGGUGGUGGUUAAAUCUGAGCCCUUGAGCUCCCCGGAGCCUCAGGAUGAGGUGAGUGAUGUCACGUCCCAAGCAGAAGGCAGUGAGUCUGUUGAAGUGGAAGGAGGAGUUGUCAGCGCAGAGAAGAUAGAGCUGAGUCCUGAGAGCAGUGAUCGUAGCUUUUCUGAUCCGCAGUCCAGUACCGAUAGGGUGGGAGAUAUCCAUAUUAUGGAGGUGUCAAAUAACCUGGAACACAAGUCAUCUUUCAGUAUCUCAAAUUUUCUGAAUAAAAGCAGAGCUGGCAGCUAUGGUGCUAGUCAAAAUAAUGAUGACAACAUUCCAAAUACAACAAGUGACUGCAGAAUGGACAGCGAUGCCUCUUACCUGAUGAGUCCGGAAUCGGGGCCUGCUAGUGGUCACUCAUCUGCCACGGUCUCUCAUGUUGAGAACCCUUUCAGUGAGCCUGCAGACUCUCACUUUGUUAGACCAAUGCAGGACGUGAUGGGUCUUCCCUGUGUGCAGACUUCGGGGUACCGGGCUGCAGAACAGUUUGGCAUGGACUUUCCACGGUCGGGCUUGGGCCUCCAUUCCCUCUCAAGAGCAAUGAUAGGCUCUGUCCGAGGGGGAGCCAGCAGCUUUCCUGGCUACCGCCGCAUAGCCCCCAAAAUGCCUGUUGUGACCUCUGUCAGGAGCUCCCAGCUGCAGGAUAACUCAUCCGGUUCCCAGCUGAUCAUGAAUGGGACCACUUCUUUCGAUAAUGGGCACCCUUCACAACCCGGCCCACCACAGCUGACGAGGGCAUCCGCGGAUGUUCUUUCAAAAUGUAAGAAAGCCUUAUCCGAGCACAACGUCUUGGUUGUAGAAGGUGCACGCAAAUACGCAUGCAAGAUCUGCUGCAAGACUUUUUUGACCUUAACGGACUGUAAGAAACACAUCCGUGUGCACACAGGAGAAAAGCCUUACGCCUGUCUGAAGUGUGGCAAACGAUUCAGCCAGUCCAGCCACUUGUACAAACAUUCCAAAACAACCUGCCUGAGGUGGCAGAGCAGCAACCUACCUAGCACUUUGCUUUAACCGUUUCCACCCCCCAGCCUGAAUGAGAGUGCCAGUACAAACUCGUAACUCUCUGAAGCACUGCAGGAACAUUAACACUAUUUUGCUCAAGCUAAGAAGCUGCUCUCAUAGAUCCGUGAACACUUGUGUGUGGUUGUGCCUCACACAAACGUCUUGGUUCUGUAAAUUGGGGAUAAUACCAUACCUACCUCACAGGGGUGUGGUGAGGCUUAAACAACUCUUAGUGAAGGACUUAGUGGUCCUCAGAAGUCAGCGCUACACAGUCUGUCGAUGUGUGAAACAUUACUGUUAUGUACAUGCAAGCCUGGAGCUCAUGGGGAUACAGCCCUUAAAACUAAGUUCCUUUGCGUGGCAGAGGGGUCAGGAUGGAGUGAGAGUAAUCUCAUGAAGUGACACAUUUCAAGAAUGAGAAACUGAAGUGCAAAUUUCCUUUUGUUUUCCGAAGUAUUUUGUAAAAGUGAAAACAAAUAAAUAACCUGCAAAAAUCAAGUUGUUGCAUUAUGUGUGAGCAGUAAUGCAAAGAGCUGUUUAUUGCAGAUUGCGUCUCUUUAGAAGAAAAACAACUUUGGAUGCACCUGUCUGACAUAAAAUGCUUUAAAAUAUGCUAAUUAUAAAAUAGUUUUAGGGUUCUGAAUGUAUGUUUGCCUGUUUUGUAGUAAAGAACACUGUGUAAUGAAGGUGCUUAAAUUAAAUCCAAGACAAGUAACUUUUGGACUACCACUUGUAUAUAUACUUGGAAUACAGCAAGAUCUGGAUGUUUCACUGAUUUUUUUUUUUUUUUUUUCUGUAGAAGAAACUUGUAUUAAGUGAUAAGUGAAGUACUGUUUCUUGUUUGUGCUAUUCUUAGCAGUAUCUUAACCAAUUUGUAUUUCCUAUCUUAAAAUUCCAUAUACACAAAAGUCUGAAAAGAGCUUGUCUUUGUCCGUUUUGUUAUUUUGAAUGAGACAGAAAAUUUGUGAUGGCAUUUUUCUUGUGUUUAAGAUAGUCUCUUGCUGUUCCCAGACAUGCCGACAGUCAGUCUGAUCCACUUUACUGCAUAAGCAUGUUUGUUCUUUUCUGGUACUCUUCAGGCUUUAAUUUUCUCCUCUGUACACUUAUUUUCCCUUGCAAUUAUGGAUUGUUUCUUACAUCAGAGGAGUCAGGAAUGAUCCUUGUUUGCCAUAUUUAUUUACAUUUCUGUGUAAAGUGUAGUAGACAAAUCCAGUCCUUUUGUUUAAAGUAGUGUCAUAAAUGUACCUUUCUACAUAAAGUUAAAAAAAAAAUAGCAUAAAUUUAAUUAAAAAAAACAGCACUGCACACUUUGUAAAGCAGAAAUUCAGUGAUCCUUGUUCUUUGAGAGAACAGUAUACAUCUUGUUUAAUUUCCUCCUCUUCGAUACCAUUGUAACUAAUAGUAUUUGCAGUGUCUUUUAUUUUCCUUGUUUAAGAUGCACGUGAACUACCAGCUUUCAGAACUUUCAGAAUGCUGGGUUUCUGCAUUUUGGAGCACUUCUGCUGAUAAAUGUUGUUCUACCAUAUCGAAGCUGGGUCAGGGCUUCAGCACAUCCACACUACUCUGGAGAGACAGAUGAUUGAUGUUUCCUGGCAUUUAAGUCACAGAGCAACUGUUUUCUGUUAAUACAGAAACAAUUUGCAGACUUUUUUUUUUUUUUGAUUCCAUGUAGCCAAGAUAACCUGUGCGAUGAUACUCAGCAGUUUUAAGGAGUUUGUGUUCCUAGUAGUUAAACAUCUUGGUCCUGUGUUUUGCUGAACAGAAAAUAAAAUCCUAAUACACAGUCCCAUAGGUCAUUUAUCGGGAUGAACUGUGAACACUGCUGAAGAUUACGAACCAAACAUUCAUUGUCAGACCAAAGGAAACAUAAAAAGCUUUCUGUACCUGGCUGUAUGUGAAACAGUAGUCAGCUAAUGAAGAAAUGUCUAGUUACACCUCUCCGUGCUGAACAAUUGCCAAGUGUCUGUCAAUGUGUCACUUGCACCUUGAGCAUCCAAGGUAAACAGGAACAUGGAAACAUGAGUGAUUGGAUUGAUUCCUUUAAAAAGUUUAAGAGUUCUUUAUUUAAUGGUCAUAUUUGUAGCUCUUGAUUUUUAAAGAAUUAAAACAAUGUGACAUUUUUAAAAAGCUUUAGGAUAUGCCACUUUUUUUUUUUUUUUUUUUGAUAACCAUUUUGAUACUGGGGGACUGAAGGCAUUGAGGGAUACUCAAUAAUCUCACUAAAACAUGAAUAAAAUACAAUAUUUUGUACUUCAAUAUAUUCUUGUUGGUGUCUUGCCUUAUUGGUAGCAUUCUGGCUGAUUGUUUCAUCUUUCUUGCAUUUCUACCAUUCUGUUAAAAACUAGAUUUUUUUUUAAUAUACAUUUUCUACAAUGCAUCUGAAAUCCUACAGCAUGUAGGAAUAAAGCAGCUGUGUGAUACAGAGAUUAAUUAAAAGCUGAUGUGAUCAGGUAAACGUAUUAAACUGUACUUUUUUUUAAUCUGUUCUUUUAUAAUAAAUUUUCAUGUUGUUGUGAAAUACCAGACCUUGUGUGGGAAGACUCCUCUCCUUUCUUAAAGAAAAAAAAAAGUUAAACUUGCAGCAUCCUUGUAAGUAG